ACAUCGUUACAAUUAAUAUGAUGAAAUAUGUACAAUUCAGUAAGUAAUGUAAUACAUAACAGUAUUUCUGCUUAGGAUGAAAUAUAAUAACGGGAUGGAUGCUAUAUUGAGGGCUGUAUGCUUAAACAGGUUUAGACCCGAAGAACGUAAAGAAUUUCGGCGAAAUCACGUGACCACGAGUGAGUUCAGGGAAGAAAUUGCGUAACGAUUUCACUUUAGUGAAUGUGGACAAAUCUUGUCGUUUUCGUUUGGCGCAACCGUAUCUUUUAAGGACACGACGUGGCAGAUACUUUCUGGGACUUCCUGUAUUAUAAAGCUUCAGAAGGAUCGGUACCAUGGCAACUGCGCCUCCACUUAUGGAGUUCCCACAGCCCCCCUCCUAUGAAGAAACCAUGGUAGCCCCUCCCCCUCCUCACUACCACAUGGGCCCUCCCCCUUCUCAGGGCUAUGCUCCAGGGCCUUCAGGCCCUCAGGGCUAUGCUCCAGGGCCUUCAGGCCCUCAGGGCUAUGCUCCAGGGCCUCCUGGACCUCAGGGCUAUGCUCCAGGGCCUCCUGGACCUCAGGGCUAUGCUCCAGGGCCUCCCGCUCCUCAGGGCUAUGCUCCAGGGCCUCCUGCUCCUCAGGGCUAUGCUCCAGGGCCUCCUGCUCCUCAGGGUUACACCAAGGUGCCUCAGCACCCAUACCCGCCUCAGCCUGUCAGCCCCCCUCUGACCAGCCCUGUGGUGUCUGUGCAGACCGUCUAUGUGCAGCCGGGCGUGAUUUUCGGAGACAGGCCUGUGCAGACGCACUGCCCGGCGUGCACUCAGUUUGUGCUGACCCGCACCGAGUUCCAGGCCGGCACGAUAACCUGGCUCAGCUGCCUGGCCCUAUCCUUCUUCGGGUGCUUCUAUGGAUGUUGCCUGAUUCCAUUCUGUGCGGACAGUCUGAAGGACGUGAAACACUUCUGCCCAAACUGCAGCAACUACCUGGGAGUCUACCGGCGCCUGUGAAACUCUCAGUGCACAGCUCUGGGCCAUAGGGCUGGUCUGCAUGUUGGUCUUUUGUUCCAACCGUAGUUGUAGUUUUCUGACAGCUCUAGAAACUGUACUCUAGGCUAUAUCAGUCCUGUCCACAGUGAAGUCUUUAGGAUAAACUCGCUGGUGCUGAUACAAAUGCCAGUUCAAGAUAAUGAUUGAGCCAAUCAAAUAAUUAAGAGCAGAAGUUGGCACAAAAUCCUGAAACGGAUCAGACCUUGUCGUGCACCCCUGCCUUACAGUCAAGGACAUUGGAAACUUCUAAAACUAAGCUCCUGUCAAUGAAGAUGGCAUAACCGAGUGAACCGAAGAUUAGAUUCACUUUAAAAUAUACUGAAUUCAAAAUUGACUGGCAUUUAAUCGAAUGUUAUUGAAUUUAUAUUUUACAUAUAACUGGAUGAAAAUUAUAUCAUUGGAUGAGGAUAAUCUGUGGAAAUGCUUAGGAAAUUAUACCAUUCGCUCACAUAAAAAUACAAAGCCGAAACCACAAAGCCAGAGACUAUUUUAUGUAGACUGUUUAAUGCUGGGAUACUCAGUCUUUGCAGGAAAGGCUAGUGUGGGUGCAGACUUUUGUUCUAACCAAUAAAACAAAAAUGGUCUCUAGCUUUGUGGUUUCGGCUUUGUAAUUUUAUGUGAUUUGAUAUUUAAGGACCUUGAUUAGUACAAUCAGGUGUGUAACUGCUUGGUUGGAACAAAAGGCUGCAUCAACACCAACCCUUUCAGGGUAUCCCUGGUUUAGUGUCUACAUGAUGAGGCCUUGUCCAAAGAAAUUCUAGCUCUUUCCAAAACUAUGUUCUCUGAAAUUAGAUGAGGAAAUUCACAACAUACAGGGUACAUUUAAAGAAAGAAAUCUAAACAAAUUGCCUUAAUUUAGAAAUCGUACAUUUAAAAUAGUUUAUAAUAGGGAUCAUCAAAUCAUGGUCCUUGUGGCCUGACAACGGGCUGGUUUUCCACCCUCCCUUUACCUGGGAGUCAGGUUUGAAGACUAAUUGAAACACUAAUUGUUCAGCCUGGGCAUGAUUUACCAGGGAGAAAAGAGAACUAGGCCUGGAUUUGAGGUCCAGAUUUGAUGAUCGCUGGUUUAUUGUUUUAUAAUGUUUUGAAAAGUGUUAGAUAAAGUUUAUUUAGGCACCUUAUAAUUAUGGAAGUAAUAUAAACUGUGAAGUUAAAGUGGUGCCCCUCCUCAAAAUAUGCAGCCAUUUAGCAGAUAUGUUGAGUUGAAAAAGAACGGACUGAUCCUAUUCCAGUGUAAUACCAUUGUAACUAUCGUAUUGACGUGUAUUGAGUGGCCGUGUAAUGACAUGGUUAAUGUGCAUGCCACUGGGGCAUUUACCCUCAUUCUAACCUGAAGUCCUCUGUUCCUCAUAUCCUAAACCCAUCACAAAAUUAACCAACACAUCAACCCUGACCCUUUAAGCAAUUACAAAACCCAAAAACCAAAUGCCAUAGCAGUUAUUGUGCUUACUGACCAUUAGGGUCUCAUUAUUAUGGUUCAAUGAUGCAGGUCAGCCUGAUACAAAGUGGGCCUUAAACAUGGGAUAAAGAAGGAUGUUGGCUAAAAGUAUAUAAAACAUCUGAGAUGUGCAGCUAAAUAAUAUGGUGAAGAGUUACUCAAAUUCCUUUUGUCCCACUGGGGAAGCAUUUUUGUUUUAUAAUUUCACAAGGUAAAUAUUGUCCGCUAUCCACAUCCAACUAAGUUAGUAAGUCUAACAAAACAAACUGAAAUAAUUUCACUGUUACUACUAACUAGUACUGAGGGUCAAUGAAUGGUAAAAACAUUCAGGGCCAGUUUCACAGACAAUGGUAGAACGCAUUCCUAGUCUAAAUUCAAUUUUGAAUAGAUUCUCCAUACAAAACUCAAUUCAGUCCAAGACUAAAUUUAAUCUGUGUCUGUGAGACCGGCCCCAAAUGUUUCCAAGAACUGCCUUUAAAUGUUAAUAUAGUUCAUGAUUAAGUUUGUUUAUAUAGUUUGGGUCCAUUUUUAACACCGUCUCCCAUAGAACGGUGUGUCAUUAAUGUUCACUUUUUUAUUCUUCACUUUUAACAUGUCAGUGUAAAAUGCAACUUUCUUGCACACAAAUAAAUAUAAUUUUAUAGAUGAA